AUGCCCUACACCCCCUCUUCUGCGCGCAUCAACCCCCCUCUCCCGAGGGGUUCGUGGGACACGCACUUCCACAUCUUCCCACCAUCGGCGCCUCUAGCCCCAAACGCACCAUUUACGCCGCCCCGCAUCCCGUUAUCUGAGGAUGAGCGGUUCCAUUCACAGCUCGGGACGCCCAAUCGCGUCCUAGCGCAUAGCUUUGCGCUCGCAGACCUCUCAUCCCUCGAACAGUGGGUUGGUGGGAGUGGGGCGGGAGAGCGACGCGCCCUCGUCCUCCUCACCGACGAUAUGGGGGCGGACGAGAUCGUCCACCGCCAGAGGGAGGGGGUGCGGGGUAUUCGCGCCGUUACAAAGGCCGAGGAUGCAAAGGGCAAGGCCAGGGAGAUAAAGUCCAUGAUGGAGAGGUUGCAGGAGGCCGGCGUGCGAUGGACCGUCGCUGUCCAAGAGGCUGCGACGCCGGGGGUAUGGGACCAUCUCCUCGCUAUCGUCGAUACUAUGCCGGACCAGAUCCUCAUGAUCGACCACCUGGGCUUCCUCCCCGGGCCGUGGAACCAGAAUCCCCCUCUAAUUCCCACCGCAGAGGAAUGCUGCAAGCUCCCGCACGUCGACGCCGUGCUCGCUCUGCUAUCCCGGAAGAACACGUACAUCAAGCUCAGCGCCCCGUACCGCCUCACCUCGCGGUACGAGGCGCUCGAGGGUCUCGUCAAGGCCGUCGCAAAGGCUGCACCGGAGCGCAUUGUGUGGGCCUCCGACUGGCCGUUUGUUCCGACGCCCGCCGAGAUCAAGGCGAGCAAGGAACGUGGAGACACAGAGGUUACAUUCCACCCUGAGGACAUGCCGAAGUGGAUUACGCUGCUGCGGGAGUGGUUGGGUGAGGACCUUUUCAACAAGAUGAUGGUCGCCAACCCGGCCAAGAUUUACGCAUGA